AUGGCAUCAGAGAAAGACUCUAUCAUCCUCCAUACUUGUAAUAAUUACCCUGAUCAGCUAGACAAAGAACGUUUAAUACGAUUAUUUGAAAGUUUCGAUAAGAAUGGCGAUGGUAGAAUUGAUAUACACGAAUUACGUGAUGCAAUAGAAAGAUCGCGAAUGCCGGCUUCCCUGGAGCAUGCACAGGAAGUAAUCAAUAUCGGCGAUUUAAAUCGUGAUGGCUCACUUGAUUUUACUGAAUUUGUGCGAUAUGUAACUGAACAAGAAAAGCGAUUAUGGCUAAUAUUUGAUACUUUUGAUCAUACCCGCAGUGGAGUAAUUGAUGUCGACGAUAUCUUAAUCACUUUAAAUCGAAUUGGAAUUCACGCUACUAGAGAGGAAAUCGAUAAAAUUCAUAAAUUCAUGUGUAAAGAUGGUAGCGUUAAAGUGGAUUGGAAUUUGUGGAGAGAGUUAUAUCUUUUACAACCUUAUGCAGAUCUUAGUCAUUUAGCCCAUUCUUGGAAAUUAGCAAGGGUUAGUGAUAUCAAUGAAGACUUGACCGUACCUGAUGAAUAUGCUGAAGCAGUGAUGGGGCCUGAUUUGUGGUGGCGUAUAUUGGCCGCUGGUGCUGGUGCCGGAGCAGUAUCGAGGACUAUAACUGCACCGCUGGAUCGAUUAAAAGUAUAUUUACAGGUUCACGCUAGUGGUCAGAAUAAACUUGGGUUAAAAUCUAGUUUCGAAGCCAUGAUUAAAGAAGGAGGACUACGAUCGAUGUGGCGAGGAAACGGCGUUAAUGUUUUAAAGAUUGCACCAGAAUCGGCUAUAAAAUUUCUUGCUUAUGAACAGGCAAAACGUUUAUUAAAUCCCAAAGAUCCAACGCAACUGAGUAUCAAGCAACGACUUGUAGCUGGAUCACUUGCUGGAUUUAUUUCACAAACUUCCAUCUAUCCUAUGGAGGUACUGAAGACGAGAUUAGCAUUAGCAACAACUGGCAUGUAUAGAGGUAUUUGGCAUGCUGCAAGAAUUAUAGGAGCCAAAGAAGGAAUUUCGGCAUUCUAUCGUGGUUUAAUGCCGAGUUUACUUGGUAUCAUUCCGUACGCAGGAAUCGAUCUCGGAGUAUACGAGACAUUGAAAGUCACUUACCUAAGAUAUCGUGACAUGGAUCAAUCCGCCGAUCCUGGUGUUUUUGUGUUGUUAACCUGCGGUACGAUUUCAAGUUCAUGUGGACAGAUUGCAAGCUAUCCGCUAGCGCUUGUUAGAACUAAGCUCCAAGCACAAGCGCAAACUAUGCCACAUGAACCAAGUCCAGGUAUGAUUACGAUAUUUCGUAAAAUUAUUGAAGAAGAUGGACCACGUGGACUUUAUCGAGGCAUACUUCCUAAUUUUAUGAAAGUCGUUCCAGCAGUCAGUAUAACCUACGUGAUCUAUGAGAGGAUUAAACGUACUCUGGGUGUUUAUCGGCCUCCGAAACAGUAA